AUUCCAUUGCAAACAAACAAAGCCAAAGACAAAAAAAACAAAAGGAUAACAUAGAGAAUCGUGCAAGACUUCAUAGUGUUUACCUCCAAAAUUCUAUAAAAACCAUAGUUUUGAUUUCAUAUUUAUACACUUUCAUUUCCUCUAAUUUUAUAAUAAUACAAAUUCUCUUUCUUCUUUGCUCCAUCAAUUAUGAACAAAGAUGUGGAAGUAAAUUGGACCACAACUUCAAGCAUAAUUCUCAUCAUCGUGACAAUUGCAAUUUUGUGGGCAUGGAAGGUUUUGAAUUUGUUGUGGUUGAAGCCAAAGAAGUUAGAGAAGUUGUUAAGAGAACAAGGGCUUCAAGGGAAUCCUUAUAGAUUUUUGGUUGGUGACUUAAAGGAUCUUUUUAAGAUGGAAAAUGAAGCCAAAUCCAAAUCGAUGAAUCUGACGGAUGAUAUAGUGCCACGUGUCUUUCCUUACACCCAACAAAGCGUUAAAAUUCACGGGAAGAAUUCAUUCAUUUGGUUUGGAACAAAACCAAGGUUGACUCUUACAGAACCUGAGCAAAUAAAAGAUGUAUUGAACAAAAUCUCUGACUUUCCAAAAACCAAUUAUAAGAUUUUCAAGUUGCUAGCUAGUGGUCUUGCUAGCUACCACGGAGAAAAGUGGAGCAAGCAUAGAAAGCUAAUCAACUCUGCUUUCCAUUUAGAAAAAUUGAAGAUUAUGACACCAAGUUUCUUCACAAGUUGCAAUGAUUUGAUAAGCGAGUGGGAAGAAAUAUUGUCUUCAAAUGGAUCAUGUGAAAUAGACAUAUGGCCUUCUCUUCAGAAUAUGGCUAGUGAUGCUAUUUCUCGAACAGCAUUUGGAAGUAGUUAUGAAGAAGGAAAAAGAAUAUUUCAACUUCAAAGAGAACAAGCUGAACUUAUAACCAAAGUUGUAAUGAAAUCUUUCAUCCCUUUAUGGAGGUUUGUCCCUACUAUUGUCCAUAGGAGGAUGAAUGAAGUUGACAAAGAUAUAAAAUCUUCGCUUAAAGAUAUGAUAAAUAAGAGGGAGAAAACACUAAAGGCAGGUGAAGCUAAUAAGAAUGACUUAUUAGGUAUUCUUUUAGAGUCAAACCACAAGGAAAUUAAAGAACACGGAAACAACAAGAAUGCAGGUAUGAAUAUUGAAGAUGUAAUAGAGGAAUGCAAGUUGUUCUACUUUGCAGGGCAAGAGACAACUUCUGUUUUGCUUGUUUGGACAAUGAUAUUGUUGAGUAGAUACCCUGAUUGGCAAGCACGUGCUAGGGAAGAAGUGUUUCAUGUCUUUGGCAACAAAAAACCAGAUUUUGAUGGGCUAAGUAACCUAAAGAUUGUGACUAUGGUUCUGUACGAGGUUCUUAGGUUAUAUCCUCCUGUAAUUGGCCUUGCUAGAAAGAUUGACAAAGAUAUGAAACUUGGAAACUUAACAUUACCUGCUGGAGUUGAGGUUUUUUUACCAAUUAUUUUGCUACACCAUGACACUCAAUUAUGGGGUGAUGAUGCUACAAUGUUUAAUCCAGAGAGAUUUUCUGGAGGAGUUUCCAAAGCAACAAAUGGUAGAGUUUCAUUUUUUCCAUUUGGAUGGGGUCCUAGAAUUUGCGUUGGACAAAACUUUUCACUAUUAGAAGCAAAGAUGGCCAUGGCAAUGAUUUUGCAACAUUUCUCAUUUGAACUUUCUCCAACCUAUUCUCAUGCUCCAACCACGGUGAUUACUCUUCGACCACAACAUGGUGCGCAUAUAAUUCUACGUAAAGUGGAAACAUAAAAACAUUGUCAUAAAAUGCUCUUAAUAUGUUAUUAUUUUAUUUCACAUGCUACUUUCCAACAAAUUUAUGAUGUAAAUCUCUUAUAGAUUCCAUCAUGUUUUCUUUCACUUAGAAAACUAAAUUCAACUUUGUUUGGGUUAGAUUUGAUAAUUAUAUAUGUGUUUUAUAAGUUUGUAAUAAUUUAUGUGAUUUAUUAUGUAUUUGUAAACAUUCUAUAAAUUUGCCUAGAUCUCUUAAUUUUC